UUGGCUGCUGGUGGAGGCUGUGGUUUAUAAAUCAGAGGAUCUCACAGGUGCGCGCUCACCUUCAGGCACAGGUGACACUGAGGAUGCUGAUGCUGCCGCUGCUGCUUCUGUGCGCCUCGGUGGGGGCGUGGGGGUCGGGGGAAGCUCAGAAGCUGCAGGCCCUCCACUGCCCCCCCUGCGAGAGGAUCCACUGCUCCACCCGGCGGGCCCUCAGGCUCCAGUGUAAAGGCGGGGUCACCACGGGAGUGUGUGGCUGCUGCCCCGUGUGCGCCAAAACGGAGGGGGAGAGCUGCGGGGGCACGUGGGACCACCUGGGUAAAUGUGACGAGGGGCUGGUGUGCAUGGUGGAGGCAGAGGAUGUGGAGAGCAGAGGGAGCUGCAAGUCAGUGAUUGAAGAUCUGGAUCCGGAGAGCUGCCAGCCGGAGUGCACCAAGGACUACUGUCAGGCUAACCCCUUUGCUGUCUGCUCUGCCAGGUUUGCCUCCCUGGAGAAGAAAUCCUGUCAGGGUUCCUGCCAGCACACCUCCUGCUCCAGCUGCUUCAUGCUGACCCCCCCGUCGUGUCCACACGCCUGCAGCCCCACAGACUCCACCUGCCUGCAACUCUUUGGGAAGUGUGUGCGCAGUCACCUGAGAGCGCGGCCUCAUGUGUGCCACAGUGACCUGCAGAACACCAGCGAUGGACAUUUUAUGUGUUUGCUCCCAUCCUGCUCAAACUAGAUUACCUAAAGAAAACAUUACCGGCUCAUGUAGCAACAGUAACAAAAGGCAGCUAUCUGUAAACUUUGUGAAUACGUCAAAAAUACUAUCACCUAAAAAUGUUGUGUAAACUGUAUCAUUUUUUAUACAAUUAUGAAUU